AUGGACACAGAAUGCACGAAGUACACGCCGCAUGGCUACUUGCUAGGAAGACUUAUGAGAGAAUAUCAUGCACUUGACGUAUAUGAGGCCGUGCGCGCUCAUGAUAGCCACCCCGUCUACAUAUAUCGCAUCAAGCGCGAUAAGCUUAAGACAAUGGAGCUUGUCGACAUGGAGCUCUCAAUACGACAUCUUCCAUUUGUUACCAAUCCAUACAUUACUAAGUGCUUUUCGGUUCAACGUCACAAUGGGUCUUCCUCAUCAUACGUCAUUACCGAUAGACCGAGUACUGAGACGCUGCUCAAUCUCAUAUCAAGCGCACGAGCGCAAGGAGAGCAUAUAUCUGAGGCCAAAAUAUGGUACAUCUUUGCGCAGCUCCUUUAUGCACUGGCGUCAAUACAUGAUCCAGUUGAAAAUCAGCGCCUUAAGAACGAUAGCCCGCCUGUUCAUAUGGACAUUCGUCCAUCCUCAAUCUCUGUGACUAGAGAUGGGAACUACCUUCUUUCCGUCUUCAGUCCCAACAAAUUUAUCUGUCAGCCGUCUGUUGAGCCUAUUUCUGCCCACGAUUAUAUACUGUUUCAUUAUGGCCCUGCAGAAGAUAUUAAAGAAAACGCGCAGCAAGCCAUUUACACUGCUCCAGAGUGGUUUCUAACUGGCGAGUAUACCGCAGCAUCGGAUAUCUGGUCUUUGGGGGCAUUACUCUACGAACUUUGUACCUUCAAGCCGCUGUUCAUAGCACCAUCCCACAUGGAUAAGAAGGAUGUUGCCGGGCUCCUGCAGAGUGUGGCAGCAGAGCGCCGUCCAAUACCUCAGGACUAUACAGAUAUACUUCGCUGCACAAUCUAUUACAUGCUGAACGUCAACCCGACUAACAGGCCUCUUCUGAGUGAUUUGUUUGAGAUGCGCCAAGUCGUAGACAUGCUCUACAUGAUGAAUAAAACCCCUCCAGAGACCUUUCUCUCUAUGCCAUCUCCGUCCUCCAACCCUUUCAUUUCUAGAAUGAAAACGAUAGAACGCCUUUGCGAUACGCCCGAGGCCCGUAUGUCUCCAGAUGUUCUAAUGGAUAUUAUGGAUCUUGCCACUCCAUCCUCUCUCUUGGCGGCGAACUGCGAGCCGAAAAGUAAUGGCCCAACAGCUUAUAAGCUCCGAGAUAGAACAGACAACGUUGAAGAGGCACAAGUACCGGAUGACAAUCACCUACUCGUCCCCAUGGCCCCUAGCAAUCCAUUAAAGCUAACUCUCCCAGAUACUGGAAUACAAGGCACUACACCACCAAAGGCCCCAGGCUCUGCUAAUAAAGGCGCGUCUGCUCUCUCUAAAGCGAACCCCUACGACGAUAACACACUAUCAAUCUCCGAACUCAACCCAGACAAGGCCAACUCCUUGAUAUUGGCCGUAGAACGCAAGGAUAUAGAAAAGAUUAUGCAGCUCAUCCCCACGCAUGCUGGACGUGCAACACUGGACGGCCGCACAGCCCUUAUGGUAGCCGCUGAACAAGAGAUGUUAGAUAUUGUUCGCUUGCUUGCUCCAAAGGAAGCGACGAUGGCUCUGAAGGCCCCUAGAAUCUUCGAAGGAGAAACUGCAUUGAUGCAGGUAGCCAGGCGAGGCUUUAUUUCUGCCGUUACAGCGUUGGCACCGUAUGAAGCAAAGUGUGUUCGUCGUGAUGGCCAAACUGCGCUUAUGAUUGCUGCUCAAGCACAAAGAAAGAACGUUGUUGAUGUCCUCAUACAUUUCGAGCACGGGCUUGCUGACGAGGAUGGAUGGACCGCUCUUAAGAUAGCUUCCAACUUUGGUUAUCCAGACAUUGUGGAGAGUCUCGUAUCUUUCGAGGCUGGGAUUGCUGACGACACCGGUGAAACUUCUCUUAUGGUGGCUGCUAAUAAAGGCUUUCUAGAUAUAGUUAGAAGCCUUCAGCCAGCAGAAAUAAAGAUGCAGACGACUGAGGGCCAGACCGCCUUGAUGUGCGCUGCACACAAAGGCUAUGCAGAUAUCUGCAAGCUCUUAGCACCGGGAGAAGCGAAGCUGCAGAAGGCUGAUGGAACUACCGCCCUUAUGUGCGCGGCACAUUCUAAUUCUCUUGACUGUGUUCGCUUGCUUUUGCCGUUAGAAGAGGGUCUCCAAACAAACAAUUUACACUCUAAAGGAGCAGGGUAUACCGCUCUUCUGCUGGCAAUUGAGCAAAAGGCAUACUCGACAGCAGAGUAUAUACUCACUAAUUCCCCAGUAGAAUGUCAAAAGACAGUAGUUCUCUCUUCUGGCGAUUCAAGGACAUGGGUCGAUGUGGCGAAGGACCUCGGGUCUCCAGAGGCAUUGGACUUUGUCAUGAAAUACGCUUCAUGA